AUGACAAAACCAUGCACAGCAGAAAAUAACUUCAAGAUGGUUGACAAUAGCCAGAUCUGCCGCUUCUUCCAAUACCUGUAUGCAGAACUUCUUAUCAUACUCGAAAAAAAAAAAAAAUCACGCCCAAAGCCUGACAUGAUUCAAAAGUGUUUGUGGCGAGCACUCCUCGUGGGUCUUUGCAUUACUGGCAUCCUCUGUCUCAACUGUAACUUGCUGAAUGUUCACCUGAGGAGAGUCACCUGGCAAAAUCUGAGACUUCUGAGCAGUAUGAGCAAUUCAUUUCCUGAGGAAUGUCUACGAGAAAACAAAGCUUUUGAGUUGCCCCAAGAGAUUCUAUCACACACCCAGUCUCUGCAAGGGGACCUCAAGGAGGCCUUCUAUGAAAUGUCCAUACAGGCCUUCAACAUCUUCAGUCGAUACAUUUUUGAAUCCACUUGGAAACAGAAACACCUGAAAGAAAUCCAAAUACGACUUCAUCAGCAGGCGGAGUACCUCAAACAAUGCUUGGAGGAAGAAGAGAAUGAAAACGAAGACAUAAAAGAAGAUGAGAUGAAACACCCAGGAGCUAGGGUCCCCCAGGUGAACAUCCUAGAACUCUGGAGAUAUUUCAACAGGAUAGUCAAUUUCCUGAAAGAAAAGAAAUACAGUCACUGUGCCUGGGAGAUUGUACAAGUAGAAAUGAGAAGAUGUCUCUACUUCCUUCACAAAUUCACAGCACUACUCAGGAGAAAAUAAGGUAUAUUUUUAGAAUUAAAAUUCUAUUCCCCUCCAAAAUCUCCUUUGUCCUUUUCCUCCUCCUUUGCCUUCUUUUUAAGGAUUGUUGUGCUAUCCUGUAAGCUUGCGUCUGUUGGAUUGGUGGUGGUUUAUGUAAUGUCUGCUGUCUCUGAAGGUUGGCCUUGGAACAUGAGUCACAUGCCCCUCUCUAAGGAGAAGCAAGGCCAACCCUCCCCUGGUGACCAAGAUUCUUGUUAGAAAGUCCUUAAGACAGGUUUAAAGGAGUGAGAUUCCCUCUCCAUCUUCUACUCUCUUCCUCUUCCCUUUGGCCAUUUUGAACUAGCUUUGCUCUACCACCUUUGAACUUCACCAAGAUAAUGACUAGAGGAUAUGGAGCAGAGAAUGUUGCAAAAUGUUAACAUUUCAAUGACUUAACCCUCUUGCUGCCAAGAGUGUUUAUUCUAUGAAAGUUCAGCACAUUAAAAGAGCUUAUACAAGCUCCCAAGAGUCAAUACUCUUCCUUUCCCCUCUCCUGCCCAGAGAAAAAGGUUGACAUUUCUGGCCCAUUUGCUUCUCAGCUUGGUUUGUUUGAAAUGAUGCUGUUUGUAGAAUGGUAUUUCAUUACUUUAAGAGUGAAGAUCCAUAAUGAAGUGGGCUGGAUGGUUGAAUUAGAAGACCAUUAAGCUGUCAUUUCACUUUUGAGAGCCAAUGAUUCUAAUGCAGAGCACUCUUUAUUCCUGAUGUAUACUGUUUAAUUCCUAUAUCAGAAAGCAUGGAAAAUGCUGCAGAAAAGUAGUUCAGUAUCUGUCAUUCAUUGCUUUUCACGUGCGUGAAAUGAAAUGCCUAGAGUCAUAAUAUGGAAAAAUUUUACAAUAGAUUUUCGUAGUUAGAAGACUUUAUUUUCUGUUAGUUAAUUAAACUAGCCAUUCUAAUAAUAUAUGAUACUUUAAUAUCUUUUAUCUUUUUACAAGUUAUUUUAUACUCAGAUUAACUAGAUUGUUUACUUUUCUUAUAUGGCCCUUCAUCUGUAUUAAUUCACCACCUAGCUAAAAUGAAUUUUCUCUUCCUCUUCCUCC